AUGGUUGCAUGUUAUAGACCUUCCAGCAAUGAAACUAUUGCCUGUGAUACCAGUACAGCUGCGUAUUUUGUUGUAGGAGUUAUUUUGCCUUUGUUGAUUUGUGUCACUGUGAUUCUUAUAUCUGUUUAUGUUCGACACAAAAACAAUCGAUUAAGACGAGAACAACAACAGAUGAAUAUAGGAACAGUUCUAGCAAUUAAUAACAUGAUGGAUGAACGAAUAGAAUCAGAUAGUUAUCCAUAUCCACCUAAUUACACAGCAACAACUGAUACUUUCUAUGAUAAACCACCAACUUAUGAACAGAGUCUACAUCGACUGCAAGAGAUUCACAAUGCAACAGAAGACGGAGCAGCAAUCCUACCAGAUAGAUCAAUAUCAUCAUCAACAACAGAAUUGUUUCGAACGUCACAAAAUUUUAUUUAG